AUGGACUCAGGACUCGCUGUUAAUAACCCCGCAAUAAAUGAGGUUUCUCAAGGCUUUAAUGAGGGCUGCGAACUGCAAGAUGCUGCAUUACUAGUCACACAACCAGGAUUUGUACCACAGAAAACCUCUACAAAAUCUUCAAGACUUAGUAUUAGUCGGAAACGUAAGCAGGCCCGUUCUAUUACCAAUGAUAAAAGGACAUGCCCGGACCAUACACUAGUUUCUGAUGUGCAACCUCUGGAUACUACCACAGAUUUCAUUAAAACAGUUGAUUUCUAUACAGAAAACCUGUUAGGAGCUGGAGAUGUCACAAAUUCAUGGUCUGCAGCGUUGGCAAGGGCCUCAGAAGCUAACGGUGAUGCGAUAGUACCGGUAGUUAAUACCGUACUGCCAUCGUCUUUGGACUCGCAGACAUCUGUGGCGGUUAAUCUGCCAAGUGUGGUUGGUGCCGGUGUUGAGGAUGAAUCUUCUGUGAUUUUUGAAACAUCUCUACCUACAAACCAGGAACAUUUCAUCAAUGAGUUGUUGCAGGAAUUGACAGCUCGAGUGAGAAGACAGGCUGAAGGCAUCGCUGCCAUAAUUUCAAGGGGUACAGAUCAAGACGUAUUGCUGAGAAGACUGACUGAAGGCAUCGCUGCCAUAAUUUCGUGGUCUAAAGAUCAAGAGUUAUUGACCAGACUUAUAUUUGAAGCUCACAAAAAGACUUCUGAAGAACAAAACUUGGUGAACAGAGUGCUGCUUGAUCGAUUGAUGGACGUUGAAAAAGCCCAGAGAAAGGAGUUUGACGUACAGCGAAACACGGUAAUUCUAAUUCAACAAGUUAAAGAUGCUGUUUCACACAAUAAUGGUUUAUAGUUGAAAUAAGUGUUGUUGUUGCUGGGUUUUUAUUCUACUAUUUUGCAAAGUUGUUUUAAAUGUGUUUUUUAAAUAUGUUUUGAUUAUUUUUGGUGUUGCUGUGUUUUAUUCUACUAUUUUGCGAAGCUGUUUUAAAUGUGCUUUUAAAUAUGUUUUGAUUAUUUUGGUGUUGCAGGGUUUUUUCUACUAUUUUGCGAAGCUGUUUUAAAUGUGUUUUUAAAUAUGUAUUUGGUUAUUUUUGGUGAUGCUGGUUUAUAGUUGAAAUACGUGUUGUUACAGAGGUUUUCUACUAUUUUGUGAUACCGGUUUAAUUGCGAUAUUUUUUUAUUUUUUUUGGUUUGCUAGUUUUAUUACGGUUAAGAGUAAAUUAAGUGUUUUUUUAUUUUUUAUUUUUGUUUGGCUAUAUCGACGUUGGAUAACGUUAAUUUGUAAUGCUAUUUUGGUUAUAAUCAGAGAAAAUAUCUGUGUAAUCCUGGAGAAGUUCUAAAUAUUUUUGAAAAUGGCUGGUAAAAGAGUGCAUUCAGAUGAUGAUUUACAUAGCUGUCAAGAAAUACCUACUGUAAGGGCUAGGCAUGAGACUGAGGCUGAAAUGUUUGCUGCCGCACAAGACCAAUUACUUGAAACGGUAAACGAAAUGAUUCGGUCAUAUCCACGUCAGAUUUUGGAACCUGUGCCUGUGGGGGUAGACCUAACAUACGAACAAAUACGUGAAAGACAAAAUGAAAUGAUUCGGUCAUAUGAACAAAGAUUUGAAACAAAUUUGUUACAAACAGGCUAUGGUGUAGUAAAUCCUAACGAUAAUUCUAACACGACAGACACCCUUACGGGUUUAAGUCAGAGUGACGUGGAUACGCUAGUGCGUGAUGGAGGGACAGUAAGUGAUUACACAAUAGUCCCGAGACCCUAUUUUAAUGGUCUAGAAAUCCACAGAAAUCUAAAUUUGCGCGAGAUCAUAACCACAGAUUUGGCAGCGUACACUAUAUUUGUUCAAAAUAUUCUGUCGGAAAUGGUUUCAUUCUCCAGGCAGAUAGGAGGUGAUAAUUGCUUCAUUAAUAUCAGUCUAAAAGGCGACAGUCUCAAAUCUGACGUUAACACUAUACUGUGUCCCGGUAACGACUAUGAUGAAAAUCGUUUUAUCGAUCAGUUUGAAUCGGUUGCACAAAGUAAUGAACAGGUGAUGGCAGAUGCCAGUUUGCAACUGCAUGUAUCAAUAGCAAGAAGUAUGAAUGGAGGGGCUCGUAGGAAGAUUACAGAUAUAGCCCAUGAUGAUGUGAUUAAGAAAAAAAGGAUGUGUUUGUUCUCACCUACCAACUUUACAAACAAGCUGUGUUUUGCAAUAUGUUUAGCAUGCUUUCUUGAACCCCAUGCAGAGAAUGAUGAGUUAGAACGGAUGGCUGUGGAUAUACAGAAUGCUGCAGGUCUAACCCCUCAAGACUGUGUAGGUUUUAACCAUAUUACAAAGUUUGAGAGUGUGAUGGAUUUGAAGAUUGUGGUGUUUUACAGAUCAAGUGAGGGCAAGUUAGAGAAUCACAAGACACAU